GGGGAGCAACAGGCUGGCUGGUGGUAAGGGGGCAAGGGCUGCAGACAGAAAGAGGGGGGGAGAGAUUAAAAAUACCAAAUACAAAUCAACAAGCAGCUGAAGAGAGAAAGGAAGUGGGCGUCAGAGGGAGGCUAAUUGAAACUGUGCCGCUGCUGCAGGUGGAGAUCUGUCACCUCUGAACCACUGGAGGAGACACGCCGAGCGUCGAGACUCUGACAGAGAAGAGGAAAGCCAUGGUUUCAGUCAGACCAGAGAUUCAGCCGUAAAAGACAAGAGGCGGUCGCCCCCCCCCAGCAGAUCCCCCACCGGCCCUCAACGCAACCCUCACCACAGCGGCUCCACAGACGAGCAGGAGAGCCCAGAGAGAGUGGUGCAGAAGGAGAAGCUUCAUGCAGAACUGAAACAGGUGCUGAGUCAGAAGAGAAGUCACCUGAGAGAGUCCACCUGCCAACUGGCCCAACCAGAGAUGGACCCGGAUCCCACAGAGGAACAGACAAGCGUGGAUGAGGCCUCCAGCUCCAUGCUCAUCGUGGUGGAGACGGAGGCGGAGGCCGGCGCCAGCGGCUACAGCGUGACCGGCGGAGGAGAGCGAGGGAUCUUUGUCAAAGACGUCCUCAAGGACUCUCCAGCUGCCAAACAUCUCAGUCUGCAACAAGGGGACCAGCUGCUGAGCGCCAAGGUCUACUUCGACAACGUCAAGUACGAAGAUGCGCUGAAGAUCCUUCAGUGUGCGGAGCCGUACAAGGUCAGCUUCCAGCUGCAGAGGACCAUCCCCGGGGCAGAGGUCAGCGUGCAGCCUCGAGUUCCCAGCGUGGAGGUCAAAGGUCCCAAAGCCAAGAUGGCCAAAAUGAGUGUGAAGGGCACCAAGCCGUUCAAGGCCAAGAAGAAAAGAGGAGGUCGCUUUGGUCUGAAGAGGCUGAAAGAGAAGCGCAGGGAGGAGCUAGUGAUAGAGGAAACGCCCCCCCGGCUGGAGAUGAGUGAUGUGGACGUGGAGUUCUCUCUCCCCAAAUUCAAACAGAGGAGGAGUGUGAAGGUGGAGGCAGAAGGAGCAGCAGCCGGAGCCAAGGCAAAGAGGAGGAUCAGGUUUCCUCAUAUGAAAUCAAAGGGAGGAAAAGUGGAAACAGAACGGAUUGAGGGAAAUACUUCUCCAUCUGAGAUUCCUGGAGCCAAAGUGAAAACCAAAGAAAAGGGAUACAAAUUUGGAAUCACCUUUCCAAAGAGCAAACACACAAAGUCUGGCUCAGCUUUGGAAACUGGAUCUUUGGAGCUGAAGCCGCCGGGUGUGAACAUACAGCCACCAGCAGUGGACUUCAGCUUGUCUGGUAAUAGAGACAUGGAAGCGCUCAAGUUUAAUGUGCCGGACGUGGAGUUUGCUCCCUCUUCGGCUGAGGCCUCUUUGCCCACAGUGAAGGGAGAGGCAGAUAUCAAAGCUCCAAAAAUCAACAUCAAGGGAGGAAGCGAUGUAGCUGAAGGAAAAGGAGAUGCAAAGCUCAGAAUGCCAAAAUUGAAAUUAGCCAAAGUUAGACUCUCACGUCAUUCAGAUGAAAUAGAUGGUGACAUCAAGAUCAAACCUGGAGGGGUGAAAAUGCCCACUGUUGACGUAACACCUCCAAAAGUAGGAAUCAGAGGAGCGGGGGGGAUUGGUCUCCCGGCAGCUCAGUUGGAGGGUGACCUCUCAGGAAAAGCUGCAUCUAUUCAAAUUCCUUCUGUUGAUAUUUCUUUACCGAAAGUGAAGGGAAAGUCCGACAUUGACGUCUCACUCCCAGAGUAUAAAGGAGCCGGGAAGACCACAAUCAAAAUGCCAACUGUUGACAUCUCAAUGCUGGAUACUGAGUUGGAAUUGGACACCGGACGGAGAAUGCCCGAUGAGGUGGAGGGCACUUUCAAAGGGCCCAAAAUCUCCAUGCCACAGGUUGAUAUCUCAUUACCCAAGAUGGGAUCACCUGAUGUGGAUAUGGAAUGUCCAGAGGGUGGAGUGAAAUUCAAUCUACCUUCUGUUGACAUCUCUCCACCAAAGGUGAAAACGGAGGGUGAAGAUGUGGAUAUGGACUAUUUUGUUGGUGGUGAUGGGAAGUUCAAAAUGCCUAGUUUUGACAUUUCUCUCCCAAAUAUGAAGUCACCAAAAGGAGACGAAAAUAUAAAAGGACAAAAGGUUGAAGGAGGCUACAAGUUGCCCAAAGUAGACUUGACCCUUCCCAAAGGCAAAGCCGGAACAACCAAUAUUGAAGGAGAAGGAACAUUUAAUAUACCAUCAUUAGACAUAUCUCUCCCUAAAGUGAAGACAGGGGAGUUGGACGUCAACAUUGUUGGCAGUGACGUGAAAGGACAUAAAUUUGGAUUGGUCACACCUGAAGUGGAUGUGUCUCUGCCUAAAGGCAACAUUUCUGGAGACAUAAAAGUCGAAGGACAUGCUGAGAAAGGAGGAAAAUUCAAAAUGCCCUCACUUGAUGUCAGACUCCCUAAGAUGGGGACAUCUGGAGCUGAGGUUGACUUGCAAGGACUUAAGUUCAAAGGGGGGGAAAUCGAGGCACCAUCAGUGGACCUUUCUUUACCGAAAGGUAAAUCCAAAGGUGAGGUUGACGUAGACGGAAAGGGAGGCAAGUUUAAAAUGCCUUCGUUUAAUGUAGAUCUUCCAAAAAUGAAAUUCCCUGAGGGUGAGGUUGUUUUGCAGGGACCUAAAGUUAAAGGGGGAAAGAUAAACAUGCCCACUGUUGAUAUCUCAGUCCCCCAAGGAAACCUAGAGGGAGGUGGGAACAUUGAUGGUGGUAAAUUAAAAGGAGGCAAACUUAGCAUGCCCUCUGUGGACAGUUCUCUCCCAAAAAUUAAGCUACCCGAAGGAGAAGUAAAGCUAGAAGGCCCCGAACUUCCAAAUGUUGACUUGUCGCUUCCCAAGGGAAACGUAGAGGGCAACAUGGAGCUCGAGGGCAGCGGUGGUGGCGGAGCCAAGUUCAAGAUGCAGACUUUUGACAUCUCACUCCCAAAGAUAAAAACAAAAGGAGAGGUCGACAUUGAAGGGUCUGAAGUCAAAGGGGGAGCAAAGUUCAACAUGCCAUCACUGGACAUCGCUCUUCCUGCCAUGAAGUCCCCACCGGGGGAGGUGAAAGUCCAAGGUCCUGAUUUUAAAGGAGGAAAUAUCCAGAUGCCUUCUCUUGAUGUGUCACUACCCCAGAUCAAGUCCCAGGGAGGUGACAUUGACAUUGAAGGUCCACAGUUUAAGGUGAAGUCACCAGAGGCAGAUUUAGACCUAAGGGGGACUGAGAUUAGUGGAAAGAUAGAUAUGGAAAUACCUUCUGGAAAAGGAGGCAAAUUUAAGAUGCCUUCAUUUGAUGUAUCUCUACCAAAAGGGAAGUUGCCUGAAGGAAAUAUUGGCCUUGAGGGACCCUCAGCUGAUAUCUCCAUCCCAAAAGGAAAAGCAGAGGCUGCCAUUAAAACUAGAGGUAAAGCAGGACAUUUUCAAAUGCCCUCAAUCAAUGUUUCUCUUCCUAAAAUGAAAUCAAAGCGAGGAGACAUCAACAUUGAGUGUCCAGAACUCAAACGUGGGGAAAUUAAAAUGCCAACUAUUGACAUUUCCCCCCCUCCAGGAACAUUUGAAGGUGAUAUCAAUGUCAAAGGUGAAGGAAAAGGUGGCAAGUUCAACCUGCCAUCUGUAGAUGUCACCGUACCUGCAGUCAAAAUCCCUGAGGGUGAUGUGAAUUUUCAAGGUCCAAAAGUAAAAGGUGGAAAAUUUGAAAUGCCAAAAAUCAACAUAGACCUUCCCAAAGGUAAAGCACAGGGAGAUAUUGAUAUUGACAUUCACUCUGGAAAAGAUGGUAAUAUUGAAAUACCAUCCUGUGAUAUUGGAUUUCCUAAAGGAAAUGUCACAGGUGACGUACAUUUUGAAGGUCCUGGAGGGAAAGGGGGUAAGGUGAAGAUGCCAAAAUUUGAUAUUUCAUUACCAAAAGUAAAUUUUCCUGAGGGUGAUGUCAAAUUCAAAGGGCCGGACACCAAGGGCAGAAGGAUUGAGAUGCCAGACAUUGAUAUAACACUUCCAAAAGGGAAAGCUGAAGGUGACAUAAAGCCUAAAGACCCUGAGAUGAAAGGGGGCAAAUUCAAAAUGCCAAAAUUUGAUGUUUCUUUACCAAAAGUCAAUCUUCCAAAGGUCGAUACCAAUGUUGAGGGACCAGACAUGAAAGGAAAAAUUGAAAUGCCAACAGUUGAUAUCUCACUUCCAAAGGGAAAGCUGGAUGUGGAUAUUGACAGUGAUGGGCACAGUGGCAAAGGAGGCAAGUUUCACAUGCCCUCAGUCGAUAUCUCUCUUCCUAAAAUCAAAGCAAAGGGAGUCGAUAUUCAAGGACCUGAAAUCAAAGGGGACAUGUCACUGCCUCAGAUUAAGUCUCCAGAGGUAGAAAUCAGUCUUGAGGGUCCUGAUGUUAAAGGAGGGAAGUUUAACUUGCCAACUGGUGACAUCAAACUCCCUAAAGGAAAAGUUGAGGGUGACUUUGGUGUCGAGGGCCCUGAGGUGAAGGGUGGCAAGUUUAAAAUGCCAAAAUUUGAUGUGUCUCUACCAAAAGUUAGUCUCCCAGAAGGAGAUGUCAAAAUAAAAGGCCCAGACAUGAAGGGAGGGAAGAUUGAGAUGCCAGACAUUGAUAUUUCACUCCCCAAAGGAAAAGCAGAAGGAGAAAUUGAUAUUGGAGGACAUGGUGGUAAAGGAGGCAAGUUCCAUAUGCCCUCUAUUGAUAUCUCUCUCCCUAAAAUGAAAGCUAAGGGACCAGAGGUCCACAUAGAAGGUCCCGAAAUUAAAGGGGGAAAAGUUCAAAUGCCAGACAUCGACCUUUCACUUCCUAAAGGAAAGGUUGAUGCUGACCUCAGCCUGGAGGGCCCUGAGGUAAAAGGAGGCAAAUUGAAAAUGCCCAAAUUUAAUGUAUCACUUCCAAAGAUGACCCUGCCAGAGGGAAGUGCCAAACUGGAAGGACCUGAUGUUAAAGGGAAUUUUAAAAUGCCAAACAUUGACAUUUCACUUCCUGAAGGAAAAGUAAAGGGAGAGGUUGAAAUCGAGGGAGAUGGUGACAAAGGGGGCAAGUUUCACAUGCCCUCAAUUAAUAUCUCUCUUCCUAAAAUCAAAUCAAAGGGAGCUGGUGUUGAUAUUGAGGGACCUGAACUUAAAGGUGACGUUUCAUUUCCAGAAGGAAAAGUUGAGGGUGACUUAAACGUUGACGCCCCUAGGAUAAAAGGGGGAGAAAUCAAUUUUGAAAGCCCUGAAGUGAAGGGUGGCAAGUUUAAAUUGCCAAGAUUUGAUGUGUCUUUACCCAAAGUGAGUCUCCCAGAAGGUGAUGUCAAAGUAAAAGGCCCAGACGUCAAGGGAGGGAAGAUUAAGAUGCCAGACAUAGAUAUUACACUCCCCAAAGGAAAAGCUGAAGGUGACAUAAAGGUUGAAGGCCCUGAGAUGAAAGGGGGCAAAUUCAAAAUGCCAAAAUUUGAUGUUUCUUUACCAAAAGUGAGUCUUCCAAAGGUCGAUGCCAAUGUGGAAGGACCAGACAUAAGAGGAAAAAUAGAAAUGCCAACAGUUGAUAUCUCACUUCCAAAGGGAAAGCUGGAUAUGGAUAUUGACAGUGAUGGGCACAGUGGCAAAGGAGGCAAGUUUCACAUGCCCUCAGUCGAUAUCUCUCUUCCUAAAAUCAAAGCAAAGGGAGUAGAUAUUCAAGGACCUGAAGUCAAAGGGGACAUGUCACUGCCUCAGAUUAAGUCUCCAGAGGUAAAUAUCAGUCUUGAGGGUCCCGAUGUUAAAGGAGGGAAGUUUAACAUGCAAACUGUUGACAUUACACUCCCUAAAGGAAAAGUUGAGGGUGACUUUGGUGUUGAGGGCCCUGAGAUGAAGGGUGGCAAGUUUAAAAUGCCAAAAUUUGAUAUGUCUCUACCAAAAGUUAGUCUUCCAGAAGAAGAUGUCAAAAUAAAAGGCCCAGACAUGAAGGGAGGGAAGAUUGAGAUGCCAGACAUUGAUAUUUCACUCCCCAAAGGAAAAGCAGAAGGAGAAGUUGAUAUUGGAGGACAUGCUGGUAAAGAAGGCAAGUUCCAUAUGCCCUCUAUUGAUAUCUCUCUCCCUAAAAUGAAAGCUAAAGGACCAGAGGGCCACAUAGAAGGUCCUGCACUUAAAGGGGGAAAAAUCCACAUGCCAGACAUCGACCUUUCACUUCCUAAAGGAAAAGCAGACAUUUCACUGCCAGAAGGAAGUGUCAAACUGGAAGGACCUGAGGUCAAGGGAGGAAAGAUGCCAGCAAUACCAGCUGUUGACAUAUCUGUUCCACUGGGAAACUUGGAAGGUGAUUUCAACAUUCAUGGACCAUCUGGAAAGGGAAAGAUUGAAGGGCCAAAAAUAAAUCUCCCAAAGUUUGAUUUUGACCCCAGCCUCCCUUCUGGUACAAAAGACAUUAGUCUUAAAAUGGACACCAGUGGUCCUGAUGCAUCGGGAGAUAUGGUCAUAAAACCAGCCAAGUUGAAGGUUAAGGGUGCAGACAUUGAGACAGGUGGUGUUGAAGUUCCAGGUGCAGCACUAAAACUUCCCUCAGUCAAAUUACCAACAGUUGACAUCAAAGCUCCAAAGGUGGAUUUAGACUUUGGUCUUAAAAAACCCAAAGGGGACGAUGUGGAAGUGGAGCUUCUGAAAGCAGAGGGAGGACGGCCUUCAUCAGGGAUCAGCUUUGAUUUACCAGAUGUCUCCCUCAAAAUGCCCAGUUUUUCUUUUCCCAAGUUUGGUGCAAAGUCCAAGAGUGGUGAAUUAGAGAUAUCAGGGAAAGGCCCUAAGGCAGAUGUUUCCCUCGUCCCACCACAUGUGGAAGGAGAGAUAAGAGCACCAUCAGUAGACUUUGAUGGGGAUGGAAAGGUCAAGGUGAAGAAAACUAAAAUCAAAAUGCCCUCAUUUGGAAUAUCCAAAAAAGAUACAGAUGUCUCUGUGUCUUGUCCUGAUGUGGAUGUUAGAGCUAAAAAAGGUCAAAUUGAUAUUCCAAAACCAGAAAUCAAAUUUGAGAGCCCAGAUGAUAAAUCAAAAUACAAAGUAAAAUUCCCGAAGUUUAAAUUAUCGUCACCAAAGGGUCGACUUCCAGAGGGAAAAGUUGAUGCAAAACUGGAGGCAGAAGUUGAAGGAAAAGGGGGCUUCCAUGCACCUGAUGUCACUAUCAAAUUACCCAAAUUCUCCAUGCCAGGAUUUGGCUCCAGGGAAAAAGAUUUGGGGAAGCCACAAGGUGACCUUGGAGCUAAGGCCAAGGUCAAGAUGCCCUCCAUUGAGAUGUCGCUACCAGCAGCUAAAACUCCAGAGACUGAGGUUCUUCUCCCCAAAGCAGAAGUUGAUGUUACAGAGGCUGAUAUCAAAGGUUAUGAAGGAAACCUUAAAAUUCCCAAAAUGCCGAUUGUUAACGUUUCCAUUCCAAAAAUAGACCUGGAUCUAUCCCUGCCAAAAGGAAAGUCCCAAAAGAUCGAAAUACCAGAAGUGGAAUUAAAAGCAGGUGAAGGAAAGUUCAAAAUGCCUCACAUAACUAUGCCAGAUGUUGACCUCUCUCUGCCAAAAGGAAAGAUUGAAGGUCCAGAAGUUGAAAUGGAGGGAGGCACAGGAGGAAAAUUCAAGAUGCCCCAUCUCAGCAUACCUUCUGUUGAUAUUUCACUUCCCAAAGGAAAGAUUGAAGGUCCAGAAGUUGAACUGGAGGGAGGUACCGGAGGAAAAUUCAAAAUGCCUCAUAUGAAAAUGCCAAAUAUUGACCUCUCCUUGCCCAAAGGAAAGAUUGAAGGUCCAGAAGUUGAAAUGGAGGGAGGUACCGGAGGAAAAUUCAAAAUGCCUCAUGUGAAAAUGCCAAAUAUUGACCUCUCCCUGCCCAAAGGAAAGAUUGAAGGUCCAGAAGUUGAACUGGAGGGAGGUACCGGAGGAAAGUUCAAAAUGCCUCAUAUGAAAAUGCCAAAUAUUGACCUCUCCUUGCCCAAAGGAAAGAUUGAAGGUCCAGAAGUUGAAAUGGAGGGAGGUUCCGGAGGAAAAUUCAAGAUGCCCAAUUUCAGCAUGCCCUCUGUUGAUAUUUCACUUCCCAAAGGAAAGAUUGAAGGUCCAGAAGUUGAACUGGAGGGAGGUACCGGAGGAAAAUUCAAAAUGCCUCAUGUGAAAAUGCCAAAUAUUGACCUCUCUCUGCCUAAAGGGAAGAUUGAAGGUCCAGAAUUUGAAAUGGAGGGAGGUACAGGAGGAAAAUUCAAAAUGCCUCAUAUGAAAAUGCCAAAUGUUGACCUAUCUCUGCCCAAAGGAAAGAUUGAAGGUCCUGAAGUUGAACUGGAGGGAAGGACCGGAGGAAAGUUCAAAAUGCCUCAUAUGAAAAUGCCAAAUAUUGACCUCUCCCUGCCCAAAGGAAAGAUUGAAGGUCCAGAAGUUGAAAUGGAGGGAGGUUCCGGAGGAAAAUUCAAGAUGCCCAAUUUCAGCAUGCCCUCUGUUGACCUCUCUCUGCCUAAAGGAAAGAUUGAAGGUCCUGAAGUUGACCUGGAGGGAGGGACCGGAGGAAAGCUCAAAAUGCCUCAUAUGAAAAUGCCAAAUAUUGACCUCUCCCUACCCAAAGGAAAGAUUGAAGGUCCAGAAGUGGAAAUGGAGGGAGGUUCCGGAGGAAAAUUCAAGAUGCCCCAUUUCAGCAUGCCCUCUGUUGAUAUUUCACUUCCCAAAGGAAAGAUUGAAGGUCCAGAAGUUGAACUGGAGGGAAGUACCGGAGGAAAGUUCAAAAUGCCUCAUAUGAAAAUGCCAAAUGUUGACCUCUCUCUGCCUAAAGGGAAGAUUGAAGGUCCAGAAGUUGAAAUGGAGGGAGGCACCGGAGGAAAGUUCAAAAUGCCUCAUGUGAAAAUGCCAAAUAUUGACCUCUCUCUACCCAAAGGAAAGAUUGAAGGUCCAGAAGUUGAACUGGAGGGAAGUACCGGAGGAAAAUUCAAAAUGCCUCAUAUGAAAAUGCCAAAUGUUGACCUCUCUCUGCCUAAAGGAAAGAUUGAAGGUCCUGAAGGUGAACUGGAGGGAGGGACCGGAGGAAAGUUCAAAAUGCCUCAUCUGAAAAUGCCAAAUAUUGACUUGUCCCUACCCAAAGGAAAAAUUGAAGGUCCAGAAGUUGAAAUGGAGGGAGGUUCCGGAGGAAAAUUCAAGAUGCCCCAUUUUAGCAUGCCCUCAGUUGAUAUUUCACUUCCCAAAGGAAAGAUUGAAGGUCCAGAAGUCGAAAUGGAGGGAGGCACCGGAAGAAAAUUCAAAAUGCCUCAUAUGAAAAUGCCAAAUAUUGACCUCUCUCUGCCCAAAGGAAAGAUUGAAGGUCCAGAAGUUGAAAUGGAGGGAGGUACAGGAGGAGAACUCAAGAUGCCCCAUCUCAGCAUGCCCUCUGUUGAUAUUUCACUUCCCAAAGGAAAGAUUGAAGGUCCAGAAGUUGAACUGGAGGGAGGAACCGGAGGAAAGUUCAAAAUGCCUCAUAUGAAAAUGCCAAAUAUUGACCUCUCUCUGCCCAAAGGAAAGAUUGAAGGUCCUGAAGUUGAACUGGAGGGAAGGACCGGAGGAAAGUUCAAAAUGCCUCAUAUGAAAAUGCCAAAUAUUGACCUCUCCCUGCCCAAAGGAAAGAUUGAAGGUCCAGAAGUUGAAAUGGAGGGAGGUUCCGGAGGAAAAUUCAAGAUGCCCAAUUUCAGCAUGCCCUCUGUUGACCUCUCUCUGCCUAAAAGAAAGAUUGAAGGUCCUGAAGUUGACCUGGAGGGAGGGACCGGAGGAAAGCUCAAAAUGCCUCAUAUGAAAAUGCCAAAUAUUGACCUCUCCCUACCCAAAGGAAAGAUUGAAGGUCCAGAAGUGGAAAUGGAGGGAGGUUCCGGAGGAAAAUUCAAGAUGCCCCAUUUCAGCAUGCCCUCUGUUGAUAUUUCACUUCCCAAAGGAAAGAUUGAAGGUCCAGAAGUUGAACUGGAGGGAGGUACCGGAGGAAAGUUCAAAAUGCCUCAUAUGAAAAUGCCAAAUGUUGACCUCUCUCUGCCUAAAGGAAAGAUUGAAGGUCCUGAAGGUGAACUGGAGGGAGGGACCGGAGGAAAGUUCAAAAUGCCUCAUAUGAAAAUGCCAAAUAUUGAUCUCUCCCUACCCAAAGGAAAAAUUGAAGGUCCAGAAGUUGAAAUGGAGGGAGGUUCCGGAGGAAAAUUCAAGAUGCCCCAUUUCAGCAUGCCCUCUGUUGAUAUUUCACUUCCCAAAGGAAAGAUUGAAGGUCCAGAAGUUGAACUGGAGGGAGGAACCGGAGGAAAGUUCAAAAUGCCUCAUAUGAAAAUGCCAAAUAUUGACCUCUCUCUGCCCAAAGGAAAGAUUGAAGGUCCUGAAGUUGAACUGGAGGGAGGCACCGGAGGAAAGUUCAAAAUGCCUCAUAUGAAAAUGCCAAAUAUUGACCUCUCCCUGCCCAAAGGAAAGAUUGAAGGUCCAGAAGUUGAAAUGGAGGGAGGUUCCGGAGGAAAAUUCAAGAUGCCCAAUUUCAGCAUGCCCUCUGUUGACCUCUCUCUGCCUAAAAGAAAGAUUGAAGGUCCUGAAGUUGACCUGGAGGGAGGGACCGGAGGAAAGCUCAAAAUGCCUCAUAUGAAAAUGCCAAAUAUUGACCUCUCCCUACCCAAAGGAAAGAUUGAAGGUCCAGAAGUGGAAAUGGAGGGAGGUUCCGGAGGAAAAUUCAAGAUGCCCCAUUUCAGCAUGCCCUCUGUUGAUAUUUCACUUCCCAAAGGAAAGAUUGAAGGUCCAGAAGUUGAACUGGAGGGAGGUACCGGAGGAAAGUUCAAAAUGCCUCAUAUGAAAAUGCCAAAUGUUGACCUCUCUCUGCCUAAAGGGAAGAUUGAAGGUCCAGAAGUUGAAAUGGAGGGAGGCACCGGAGGAAAGUUCAAAAUGCCUCAUGUGAAAAUGCCAAAUAUUGACCUCUCUCUGCCCAAAGGAAAGAUUGAAGGUCCAGAAGUUGAACUGGAGGGAAGUACCGGAGGAAAAUUCAAAAUGCCUCAUAUGAAAAUGCCAAAUGUUGACCUCUCUCUGCCUAAAGGAAAGAUUGAAGGUCCUGAAGGUGAACUGGAGGGAGGGACCGGAGGAAAGUUCAAAAUGCCUCAUAUGAAAAUGCCAAAUAUUGAUCUCUCCCUACCCAAAGGAAAAAUUGAAGGUCCAGAAGUUGAAAUGGAGGGAGGUUCCGGAGGAAAAUUCAAGAUGCCCCAUUUCAGCAUGCCCUCUGUUGAUAUUUCACUUCCCAAAGGCAAGAUUGAAGGUCCAGAAGUUGAACUGGAGGGAGGGACUGGAGGAAAGUUCAAAAUGCCUCAUAUGAAAAUGCCAAAUAUUGACCUGUCCCUGCCCAAAGGAAAGAUUGAAGGUCCAGAAGUGGAAAUGGAGGGAGGGUCCGGAGGAAAAUUCAAGAUGCCCCAUUUCAGCAUGCCCUCAGUUGAUAUUUCACUUCCCAAAGGAAAGAUUGAAGGUCCAGAAGUCGAAAUGGAGGGAGGCACCGGAAGAAAAUUCAAAAUGCCUCAUAUGAAAAUGCCAAAUAUUGACCUCUCUCUGCCCAAAGGAAAGAUUGAAGGUCCAGAAGUUGAAAUGGAGGGAGGUGCAGGAGGAGAACUCAAGAUGCCCCAUCUCAGCAUGCCCUCUGUUGAUAUUUCACUUCCCAAAGGAAAGAUUGAAGGUCCAGAAGUUGACCUGGAGGGAGGUUCUGGAGGAAGGUUCAAAAUGCCUCAUAUAAAAAUGCCAAAUAUUGACCUCUCUCUGCCCAAAGGAAAGAUUGAAGGUCCUGAAGUUGAACUGGAGGGAGGAACCGGAGGAAAGUUCAAAAUGCCUCAUAUGAAAAUGCCAAAUAUUGACCUCUCUCUGCCCAAAGGAAAGAUUGAAGGUCGAGAAGUGGAAAUGGAGGGAGGUUCCGGAGGAAAAUUCAAGAUGCCCCAUUUCAGCAUGCCCUCAGUUGAUAUUUCACUUCCGAAAGGAAAGAUUGAAGGUCCAGAAGUUGAAAUGGAGGGAGGUACAGGAGGAGAACUCAAGAUGCCCCAUCUCAGCAUGCCCUCUGUUGAUAUUUCACUUCCCAAAGGAAAGAUUGAAGGUCCAGAAGUUGACCUGGAGGGAGGUUCUGGAGGAAGGUUCAAAAUGCCUCAUAUAAAAAUGCCAAAUAUUGAACUCUCUCUGCCCAAAGGAAAGAUUGAAGGUCCAGAAGUCGAAAUGGAGGGAGGAACCGGAGGAAAGUUCAAAAUGCCUCAUAUGAAAAUGCCAAAUAUUGACCUCUCUCUGCCCAAAGGAAAGAUUGAAGGUCGAGAAGUGGAACUGGAGGGAGGUUCCGGAGGAAAAUUCAAGAUGCCCCAUUUCAGCAUGCCCUCAGUUGAUAUUUCACUUCCCAAAGGAAAGAUUGAAGGUCCAGAAGUCGAAAUGGAGGGAGGCACCGGAAGAAAAUUCAAAAUGCCUCAUAUGAAAAUGCCAAAUAUUGACCUCUCUCUGCCCAAAGGAAAGAUUGAAGGUCCAGAAGUUGAAAUGGAGGGAGGUACAGGAGGAGAACUCAAGAUGCCCCAUCUCAGCAUGCCCUCUGUUGAUAUUUCACUUCCCAAAGGAAAGAUUGAAGGUCCAGAAGUCGAAAUGGAGGGAGGCACCGGAAGAAAAUUCAAAAUGCCUCAUAUGAAAAUGCCAAAUAUUGACCUCUCUCUGCCCAAAGGAAAGAUUGAAGGUCCAGAAGUUGAAAUGGAGGGAGGUACAGGAGGAGAACUCAAGAUGCCCCAUCUCAGCAUGCCCUCUGUUGAUAUUUCCCUUCCCAAAGGAAAGAUUGAAGGUCCAGAAGUUGACCUGGAGGGAGGUUCUGGAGGAAGGUUCAAAAUGCCUCAUAUAAAAAUGCCAAAUAUUGACCUCUCUCUGCCCAAAGGAAAGAUUGAAGGUCCAGAAGUCGAAAUGGAGGGAGGCACCGGAAGAAAAUUCAAAAUGCCUCAUAUGAAAAUGCCAAAUAUUGACCUCUCUCUGCCCAAAGGAAAGAUUGAAGGUCCAGAAGUUGAAAUGGAGGGAGGUACCGGAGGAGAACUCAAGAUGCCCCAUCUCAGCAUGCCCUCUGUUGAUCUUUCACUUCCCAAAGGAAAGAUUGAAGGUCCAGAAGUUGACCUGGAGGGAGGCACCAGAGGAAAAUUCGAAAUGCCUCAUAUGAAAAUGCCAAAUGUUGACCUCUCCCUGCCUAAAGGAAAGAUUGAAGGUCCAGAAGUUGAACUGGAGGAAGGUACCGGAGGAAAAUUCAAAAUGCCUCAUAUGAAAAUGCCAAAUGUUGACCUGUCCCUGCCUAAAGGGAAGAUUAAAGGUGCAGACGUUGACCUGGAGGGAGGUACCGGAGGAAAGUUCAAAAUGCCUCAUAUGAAAAUGCCAAUUAUUGACCUCUCUCUGUCCAAAGGAAAGAUUGAAGGUCCAGAGGUGGAGCUCAAAGGAGAGGGUGGAAAAUUCAAGAUGCCACAUCUCGACAUGCCGUCUGUUGAUAUGUCACUUCCCAAAGGAAAGAUUGGGGGUCCAGAAGUUGAGUUUGGGGGAGGUAACGGAGGAGGAAAAUUCAAAAUGCCACAUUUGAAAAUUCCCUCAGUUGAUAUUUCACUGCCCAAAGGAAAAAUUGGCAAAAUUGAAGGGGCAGAGGUGGACAUGGAGAUAGAGGGAGACAAAUCUAAAGGGCAACAAGUGUCAAUGCCAACUGUUGAGGCUGGAGGGAAAAUUCUAUUACCACCAGUCUCGUCGAUAGAUGUAGAAAUUGGUGCGAACUCUAGUAAACCUAAAAAUGACUCGGGGGAAGUUGAUUUGCAUGUUGAAGGAGAGCACAAAGGUCUUAAACUCAAAAUGCCAACAAUAGAUAUCAAAAUUCCAAAAGGAGACUUAGAGCUUGAUAUAGGACUCCAUAGAGGAGGGGAUAAAACGGACAGGAAAAAAGUUGAACUUCCUGACCUGGACAUCAACACAGCAGGAACCAGCAGCAAAGUUAAAGGGCCUAAAGUCAAAGGAACAAAAUUCAAGAUUGGAAUGGCAAAAAAGAAAACUGGCAAAGAUCUGACAGAGAAGGAGCGCGGACGCAAGGUCAAAGAAGGACUUGAGUGUGAAGUUGAAGUUGAAGCUCACAAUGGACAUAAAGAGGGCAAAGAUCGUAUGAACAUCUCCGUGCCAGAGGUUACAGUACCAGGUGUUAGUAUGAGAACCAGACAAGGUUCAGCCAACCUAGAAACAGGGGGAGCGUUUGAACUGUCAUCACUGAGUGCAGAAAUCAAAGUCCCCAGGAUUCCAGACAUAGAUUUUGAUAUUGGUACAUCACAAGAUGAAGAUGUUGAUAAAACAGAAAAAGGAAAGAAAAUAAAAAUCCCAAAGUUUGGUGUCGCAUUACCCUCCAUUUCCUCCCCUGAGAGAAGAAUCUAUGGGCCAGAAGUUCAGUAUAAGGGCCCUAAAAUGCCCAAAGUAAAGAAAGCUGUUUUUGUUUUGGUAAAUCCUUCUCAAACAGAUGAACCUGCUACUUGCACAGGGCUCCUGCAGGGGGCGACAACAGCUGAGAUCGAUACAGAGGACGUCAAAGUGAAGUUACCCAAAAUCAAAAUGAAGCCAACCUUUGGGAAGACAAAAGAUAAAUCAGCCGCUGCGAGCACAGAGAGAGAGGGGUGGAGAGAGGAAAAGUCAAAGGGAGGGAAGGUAAAAAUGUCCAAAGUGUCAUUUUCUCCUGGAAAAUCUGGGUCACUGGAUGUCAAUCUCAAGGGAGACGGUUCAAGUUCUAGUCUCAAUGGUGAAGACGCUGCAAGUCCUCACAAGGAUGACAAAGGAACAAUCACUGGUAAAAUCAAACUCCCAAAGGUGGAGUUCACCAGUCCAUAUGGAAAGAUGGCUGCUGGGGAGGGAGACACUGAAACAAGUGUGUUUUCAAAGGAAGUGGUGACAUCUCAUGCCAGAACAGAAAUGCUGGACAGGGACAGCUCGGAGUCUCCUGGUGGCUCCGCCGCGGACUUCAGCUCGACCAAAGUCCGUGUUUGGAGUGAGGUGGACAGCAAAUGUGCAGAGUCUGAAGAAAGAGAGUCUUCCUCCUGGUUCAAGGUCCCAAAGUUUACCCUGAAGCCGCACUCCAAAGGCUUCCUUCGGAUAACCCCAGAGGGUUCUCCUCAGGCCAUGAGGAAGGGGGAGUUGGGAGGUGAGGCCGACGUCCUGGGAUCCUUCUGCCUCCACACCUCGGGGAUGGACUUCACCACCCUGGAAAGCUCAGAGGAGCACCAGGUGUCCUCCACCGAGUCGGAAACUCUCACCACGGUGACAAAGACCACCCGAGUCACCCAGUGUUUGGUUUCCACUGAAACACGAACAGGUGAAUCCUCGACCACCGUGACGACAACCGAGCAAGAGGCAGACUUCAAACACUGAGGACGCUAUCAUGAUUUCUUCGACGUCUUUUCAAUUGUUUUGUUUUUCUUUGGUGAGGUUGCAGUGUUCUCGUUAAGCUCCGCCUGCAACGUGGCAAACCUCUCUUAAAGAAAAGUUUUUACAUUAUAUUUCAAUAGGUUAAGUAUGAACGUGAUGAAAAGCAAUGACAUUUCAUCUACCAGCAAUAUUGUUACUAUUAUAUCAUAUAUACUUCCUUUUUUUUUCAUUUUAAAUGUGGCUGUUAUUUUGUUCAGUUAGUUUAGUCCUGAUUAUUAUUGGAUUUCGUUUGGUUUUUAAAGGUUUCACUCUGAAUGUAAACACGUCAGAUUGCUUCUUUAUUUAUUGUUGUUUGUGUGUGUUCACAAAACGCUGGAAUGAGUCAUUGUCUUACAUCAGCUUCAUGGAUUUGACUGUGAUUUUAUGAUUAGUUCAAAGUAAUUCAUUUUGAACCACGACAGCACAGGCCAGAGUAAUAUUUAUGUAAAUAUGACUUUAUUUAAAUUGCUUUUUUGAAGCGGUAGCCCUUCAAUCUGAAAUGUAAUUAUUUUCAUAUUCACCAGAGUCAGGAGUGGAAGUUAUAUUAUUUUUUGACCUGAUAACAUAUUUUGUUUGUCUUGAAGGAAAAGUGUGAGCUUUUUGGGAUCAGGGCUUGUUCUCAUUUUCUGCCAUAGUUUUUAUAUUUGACUCACUUAGCUGGUGCUGUUACCCAGAGAUAGUCCCAGUGAGUGGGCAGGACACUCUGCGCUCUAUCUGCUGUGGGGAUCAAACCUGUGACCGCCUGGUUGAAGGUUGCUCUCUGACAUUUAAGCCAACCUGCUGCUAAUCAAUUAUAUGUAUUUACUGUACACUGCCAGAUAAAGACACCACUGUAUAUUAAAUAUACACCUCCUGAGUGAUGUUGAUGUUUUGAUGACAGCAGACUGGGAGGCUAUUUCGGGUUCUAUGGGUAAAUGCUAUUGCUUAGGUAAAGAUAUAUCUAAAAUAAACCUCUAAAAUCACUAAGGCUGCUACAAUGACUCACAGCCUAAGGAGUGGCAAGCCUUCCGCUUUUUACAAAGGCCAUCACAUAAAAAAGUAAAUCCAUAGACAGAAGAGAGAGGAUCAAAAAUAAGAAAUAUUAAAAUAUUCUUAAUAAUUCUACUGUUUUUUCUAUGAAAAUUUCCAAGAAUGACAACAAAGGUUAACUUGCAUUUCAAAUUACAGAUUAAUAAUUAUUUUACUAAGGGUUCCUUUACCCCUUACUUUUCAGGUGUAUCAUCCAUUUAAAAGAUAAGUUGCUUUGAGGGAGAAAAUGUUGUCUUUUGAAUAUUUAUUACAUAUUUAAAGUUUCACUCGCAAAUGCAGUACAACUUACCUUUGAAAAGUAUAAAUUUGCCACAUUACUUAUUUAGACAUUUACUUGCAAAAUGUGACAUUAAUCUGAUGACUAAAAACAACUAUUCAUGGGGAUGUGAAACAUUUGAGAAUGACAACUUUAUCACCUGAUUUAUUUACUCAGCUGGUAGAAGGAAUGAAAUCGUGUGAUAAAAGAAUUCCUGAAGAAAGAGUUUAGUGACACGUGGAGGUGACGCACACCGAGUAGCUUCUGUGUCUAUGAAGAUUUUACAUUUUCUGGUUUAAUCAAGUCUUCACAUUUCUUUCUAGAUUAUAAGGGUUUCAGUGCCAAGUGUUUUUGUCAAAGCUGCAUUGGAAAGAAAGUUGGUUAAGAUGUUUCAUCAAUAAAAUAAUAUUCACUCGAAAAAUG